GUAAUCCGUCACCAUUCGCUACACCUUCUCCAGGGCCCUCAGCAUGUGGUGGCGGCGGCGGUGGUGGUGCCUCCGCAUCGCCUUUCGGUAGCGGUGGUGCAGUGGCCUCACCUUUCUCAGCCUCAGCUGGCCCGCCACAAGCGUCGCCCUUCGGAUCUGGUACGGUGUCCCCGUUUGCUGCUGGGGGCCCGGCGCAGCCAUCGGCCUCGCCAUUUGGUCAGGGCGGUCCAAGCGCGUCGCCAUUUGCAGGCCCUGGAAGCCAUGCUGCUUCACCCUUCAGCGGAAAUCCCGGAGGUACACCUGCAGCACCAUCGCCGUUUGGUGGGCAGGGGAGCACUCCUUCGCCAUUCAGCGGUGCAGCGAACAUGGGCUCCGCUCCCCUCACUCCCCCAGCCGCAACACAAAGAAGCGCAUCACCCUUCGCGGCAGGGAGCCAAGCUCCCAGUGCCACUCCGCCUUUCGGGGCACAGGCCUCGCCAUUUGGCACCAGCUCUGCGACUGUGGCGAGCGCAUCGCCUUUUGGAGGUCAGGGAGCCGUCGGACCUUUCGGAGGAGCAAGCGGAGCAAGCGGAGCAAGCUCGGCAUCUCCUUUCGCCGCGCAGAGCAGCUCAAGCUUCGCUGCCGGGGCAUGCUCUGGUGCAUCACCUUUUGCGCAGAGUGCCAAUGCUCCAGCUACAGCGUCGGCGAGGGCUCAAGGCACCACAACCUCACCCUUUGCACCUCCUGCGCAGGGCAGUGCCAGCACAUCCACAUCCCCCUUUGGUGCGCCAACGAGUGCUGUGGCAUCUCCCAGUGUGCCGGCCGGUGCCUCUCCGUUUACGAAGGCCACGGCGCCAGUGCCUUCUGCAAAGGCUGGUGCUGCAUCGAAGGACGCAAAGGAAUUGCUGCCGGAGCUGCUGCGGAAGGUCGACUGGCAGCUCACAAGCUUUGGCCUGGACAACCAGGCAUGUGUGGUCACCAACGACACCUCCUUCGAGGAGCAUCGCUGGCUGAUGCUACAGCAGCCGCGUGGGGAUUGGGGUAGUCUCUCGAACAAGCUUCUCAGCGAGAGCAAGCAGAAGUUCAACACUUACUUGUCUGGCUCUGCUGAUGCUGCAGCACCAUCCCAGGCACAGGAUGCAGCCAGCGCCUCCACCAGGGCACCUUCGCCGUUCGACGGCGCGUCGCGGAGCUCGUCGCCCUUUGGUGCAUCAGCCUCAGCAGGCGGGUCGGCUCCGGCAGGGGCCUCGCCCUUCGGUGCUUCAACUCCCUCGCCUUUCGGGGCAGCGGGCACCGCCUCUCCCUUUGGCAGCCAGGCAUCGGGCACGGGCCCCUUUGCUCAACGCAGCACAUCGCCGGGUCCUUUCGCAGCUACGAGCUCGCCCUUCGCCCCUGGGCCAAGCGCUUCGCCGUUUCAAAGCUCCGGGCAGGGCACGCCUCCCUCGCCGUUUGCUCCGUCCUAUGCAACCGCGUCUGCUUCGGUGCCAUACGAUGCGGGUGUGCGGUAUGGCUUGUCCCCGCUGCAGAUGAGGCCGCAUGAGGAGACUGAGCUGGCUCAGGAGGACCUGAAAGCAUUUGAGGCGGCUGCCUUCGAGUCCCAGAAGAUUCCAGAGGUCGAGCCUCCACCGUCCGACUUCCUGGAGGAGACCUCGGGUAACAAGUUCAACACGGAAGGGUGGGCCGCUCCUGAGAUUGGAGACACCGUCUCUGGUACGAUCAUGUACCUUGGCGAGGAUGGUGCUUUCGUUGAGCUCGACUGUGGCGGUGUGAAGAGUUGGGCGCAGCUACCCACGAAGUUGGCUUCGCUAAAGCCCAUUGUCAGCGUGAAGGAGGUUGGCUUGGAGGUUGGUGCAAAGAUUGAGACGGUUGUCGUGGAAAAAGAUUUGACAUCCGUGGUGCUCGGCGACCCCACUGCGGUCCAGUACAUCGUGUCUCUCUCCAGCCUUGAGCUUGAUGCGGCCUGGAACAAGGUGCAGCGCACGAUGGACGGAGAAGAAGGUUACGAUCCUCUGUGGCAAGUGCAAGUGCUGCAGAUGGCGAGCUGGGGUGCCCAGGUGAUGACCGAGGAGGGCCUGGUUGGAAUGAUCCCUGCGCGUGAUCUCGGGGAAAAGGCUGGUGACCCAGGCAUGGUAGGUGCCGUCCUUACCGUGCAGAUCAAGGCCGUGAAGCCGGAAAAUCGUGAGAACACCAACCCACAGAUGGUGAGCGACUAUCCCAUCGUUUUCUCGUAUGCGGACGUCAUGAAGAAGGUUCUGGCCGAGAAGAUAAACGAGGGCGAUGUCGUCGAGGCAAAGAUCACAAACUUCUUGCCUAACUCCAUGGAUGUCGAGAUCGAGGGGACGCCCUUCCAAAUUGCCAAGGUUGACAUCUCCAAAAACACCCUCUUCGUUCCGCAAGAACUCUUCGUGAUCGACGAGAUAAUCAAGGUAUACUGCCUGUCAUCUGACGCGGAGACCGGCUCUCUCAGGCGUGUCGCCCGUUAA